GCCGGAUAAGGAUGUGAGGAGGUUUAUUGAGAGGGAGGCGGAGAGGGAGGGGAUUGAGCUUUGAGUUGGUUCGUGGGUGCAGGUGGGGAGAGGGAGAGGGAUGUAUAUGUGGUGAGCAUGGCAAUGACAUGAUGAGGAUGAGCGUUGAUUUUGAGAUUGAUUGCCUCGAAGAACGAUGGGGGAAUCUGACGAAGAGGCGUCAAACAGAUUAGUGGCAUUAACAUCCCAAAUUUUCGUGAAAGACAUUCCCACUCACCUGUCCAUUAUGCUCCCUACCCUUCAUACCCACACAUCAACUCAUAUUUCAUUACCAACUAUUUUAACUAGUCUAGCUAUGCAAGAAUCACCACCUAGUCCGACCCAAUCCCCAUCACUCAUCACCUCACUUCAUAGUCCUCUCCACCAAAUCCCUAUACAUGUCCUUCAAAUCCUGCACAUCCGCCUUCAACUCAUCCACCUCCUCGCUCUUCUCGCCCAGCAGCUCCAACGUCGUCUCAUACCUUUCAUUCACCUCCGCCACCUGCCUCUUCAGCUCAGCGACCCUCUCAGCCGCCUUCUUCUGGUUCUCCACCUCGCCCAUGAGCGCCACAAUCUCCGCCCGCGCCUCGUCCCGCUGCUUGGAGAUGCGCGCCAGCUCCUCGCGCACCGUCACCUUCUCGCUCUCGAGCUGGCGGAUCUUGGCGCUCAUGCGCUCGACGAGCUGGACCGAGGGUCCGGCGGCGAUGGUGGAUACGGAGACCAUGUCUUGCAUCACGUUGUGUGGGGACGAGGAGGAGUCGAUGCUGUCGAAGCCGGUGUCGGAGCGGUGGAGCUCACGGGGCGGGUGCUGGAUUCCCGGUGCGGCACCUGCGUCUGAUGGUGGGUGAAUCGCGGAUAGGGGUGUGACUGGAGGCAUGGAUUCCGUAGUGGGACUGAAGAGGGGGUUGCUUCCAGGCUGGGUGCUGCCUGAGGCGACGGAUGUGCGGAUCAGGCCGGGCUGGCCGGAGGGUCGGCGGCUUGUGAUUGCUCCGGCAGCAUCUCCGUUGCUGGACGGGGCUGAUGCUUUGCGAACCUUGUUCGAGAGGCCUUGGAUGCCUAGGAAAUCGGUGCUGUAGGUCCUUUGCGCUGUUGACAGUUGAGGUGAUCCAGGCCCGCUACCUUCGUUCUUCAAGAAUGGGCCGCCGGG